GUAUCGAGAAUGGUCCACCGCUUACGUAAACUCGUUUCGAAAUGAAGCCAUGUUGGGUGGACAACCAUCUGCAACUAACAUGGCACGCGCUGUUUUGCGCGCAAUACAUAGGCCGAAUGGAGGCAUUCCAACAACAGGUUUAAGAAUGGUGGACAAUAUUCCUAUAUGGGGGCAUAUCUUCAUUCUUGUGCGACAAGGAUAUUAUAAAGAAGCCCUGGAGGUAGCCAAAGGAUAUGAAAAUGUAUUUCCUCGGCAGGAUUUACACUUUGUGAAAUAUUUUGAACGAUUUAUUACCAAUAAUAACAGGCUUCCUUCUCAGGAUAGGCAAAGACUAGUAGCGGAAAUGAAGCAAUGGAACCCUUUAACUUUUCAAGAUAAAGAUCUAUAUAA